UUUUUUUAAUCAUGUCCAGAGCAGCCAAAGCAACUUUAUUAGGUUCUAUCUUAUUCUGUGUUGGUUCAGUGUUUGGUGUUCAUUAUUUGCAAAAUGAAGAGAAAGCAAAUCUAAGAGCAGGUGUCUUACGUGAUGAAGAGCGAAGAAAAAAGAAAGAGCAACAAGCGUUAAACAUGAAAGAACUACAAGAACAGCAAGAAUUACAUGAAGCCUUAUUAAAAACACAACACAUUAGUCCAACCAACAUGAACAAAGAAUAAUAAAAGAGCCUUCAUUUUUUUUUUCAAAGAGAAAUAGAUGCUUUUAUUUAAGCACUUUCACCCUUUUGGAAGACAUAAGUCAAGUGACACUUGCCACAGUAUUGACGA